UGGUGGAGUGAUGCAGCCCAUGAAGAGGACGAUGCCGCCCUGGACCUUGGCUCUGGCGUUGGUGCUCAUGGCGGCCGCCUCUUACUGCCAGGGCUGCCCCGCUCGCUGUGACUGCGCCCCCCAUGUCAAGUCAGUAGCGUGCCACCGUAAGCGUCUGAGCUCCAUCCCCGAGGGAAUCCCCACUGAGACCCGCGUGCUGGAUCUGAGCCGGAACCGCCUGCGCUGCGUGGCGUCGGGGGAUCUCACCCCCUACCCCCUCCUGGAAGAGGUGGACCUCAGCGAGAACAUCAUCUCCCUCCUGGAGCCCGGCGCUUUCUCCAGCCUUUACAGCCUCAGGGUCCUCCUGCUCAGGGGCAACCAGCUCAAACUGAUCCCCACAGACAGCUUCUCCAGGCUGGCCAACCUCACCCAGCUGGACCUGAGCGAGAACAAGAUUGUCAUCCUGCUGGACUUCACCUUCCUGGACCUGCGGAGCCUGAAGAACCUGGAGGUUGGGGACAACGACUUGGUCUACAUCUCCCACAAGGCCUUCAGCGGGCUGCUGGGGCUGGAGGAGCUGACCAUAGAGAGGUGCAACCUGACUGCUAUCUCCAGCCAGUCACUGUCCUACCUGAGGGGGCUGGUCACCCUGCGGCUGCGACACUUGGCUAUCCCUGCCCUGGAGGACCAGAACUUCAAGAAGUUGCCUGGGCUGAGGGAGCUGGAGAUCGACAACUGGCCCCUGCUGGAGUACAUCUCCCCUUCCAUCUUCCAGGGCCUCAACCUCUCCUGGCUGUCCAUCACCAACACCAACAUCACCACGGUACCUUCCCCCGCCUUCCGCAACCUGGCGCACCUCACCAACCUCAACCUCUCGUACAAUCCCAUCAGCGUGCUGGAGCCCUGGGCCUUCAAGGACUUGGUCCGUCUGAAGGAGCUGCACCUGGUCAGCACCUUGCUGGUCACCGUGGAGCCCCAGGCCCUGGGAGGGCUGAGGCAGAUUCGCGUCCUCAACGUGUCCAACAACUUCCUCGUCACGCUGGAAGAGGGCUCCUUCCACUCUGUCAACAGCCUGGAGACCCUCCGCAUUGAUGGCAACCCCCUGUCCUGCGACUGCCGUCUGUUGUGGAUCCUGCAGAGGCGCAAGACCCUCAAUUUCGACGGCAGGCAGCCCACGUGUGCGGGGCCCGUGGAGGUGCAGGGGAAUGUCCUCAGCACCUUCUCGGACUCGGCGCUGUUCGACUACUUCACCUGCCAGAGGCCCAGGAUCCGGGAACGCAAGCUGCAGCACGUGGUGGCCAGGGAGGGCCAGCAGGUGUCCUUCCUUUGCCGUGCGGAGGGGGAGCCCCCGCCAACCAUCGCCUGGGUGUCGCCCCAGCGGAGGAAGAUCACCACCAAGAACCUGGGCCGCAUCACUGUGCUGCCAGGAGGGACGCUGGAGAUCCGCUUCGCCCAGGUCCAGGACAGCGGCACCUACAUCUGCAUCGCCAGCAACGCCGGCGGCAACGACACCUACUUCGCCACACUGACAGUGAAGAGCCAGCCCCUGGAUGCGUCCCUCUAUGCCAACCGCUCCUUCUACCUGGGUGACUUUAACGAGACCAGCCUGAAUGACACUAGAGUCUUCCUCAAGUUCACCCUGGACCUCAAGACCAUCCUGGUCUCCACUGCGAUGGGCUGCAUCACCUUCAUGGGCGUGGUCCUCUUCUGCUUCCUGCUGCUGUUCGUCUGGAGCCGCAGCAGGGGCCAGCACAAGAACAAUUUCUCCGUGGAGUACUCCUUCCGCAAGGUGGACGGGCCGGUUGCCAGCGGGGGGCAGGGAGGUGCCAGGAAGUUCAACAUGAAGAUGAUCUGAAGUUACGCAGCCAGGAGUUCCGCUGGGGAAGAAUGAGUAUAGCCCUAUGUUGCACAAGUCCAAAAUUU